AUGUCACUAAAUCCCUGUCUAACCCUUCAGGCACUUCCCAAGACUCUAAUUUUCUUCCACCCCAAUAAUUCAAUUCCCUCUACCUUUCAAAAGAACCGUUCUUUUGCUCCUAUUACAAAAGGGUUUUCGAGAAGGGGCAGGAAUGUGAAGGGGGGCCCUUUGGUCGCCGUUGCUUGUUCGACUUCCUUGCCUUUCUUGGGCAGGGUCGGGCUGCACAAGAGAGAGGGGAAUUCUUCUCCGCUUUCGUUCGGUGUGGACCCGAAAAUUGUUUUCGAUGAUGCUGAGGAAAAAUCUGACCUUUCACAGGUUUUGUCGGCUAUGCUUCCGUUUGUGGUGGCUCUCACUGCUGUGGCUGCCCUUUCCAAGCCUUCGACUUUCACUUGGGUGUCGAAAGACUUGUAUGCUCCUGCACUAGGAGGCAUUAUGUUAUCUAUUGGAAUCAAACUCUCAAUUGAUGAUUUUGCUCUGGCGUUUAAGAGGUUACCUUUGCCCUUGUCCAUUGGAUUUUUUGCUCAGUAUGUAUUGAAACCGGCUCUCGGGGUGUUUGUGGCACGGGCCUUUGGGAUAUCACCGAUGUUUUAUGCUGGCUUUGUUUUAACGUCAUGCGUUGCUGGGGCCCAGUUAUCCAGCUACGCCAGCUUCUUGAGUAAAGGGGACGUGGCCUUGAGUAUCCUCUUGACGAGCUGUUCAACGAUUUUUUCAGUUCUUGUUACUCCUCUUUUGACGGGCCUUCUUAUUGGCUCUGUUGUCCCAGUUGAUGCUGUUGCUAUGUCGAAAUCGAUUUUGCAGGUUGUACUUGCUCCUGUGACUCUUGGCUUGUUGCUCAACACUUACGCCAAACCAGUUGUGUCCUUCUUGCAACCCGUGAUGCCAUUUGUUGCAAUGAUUUGCACUUCAAUGUGUAUUGGGAGCCCACUUGCCAUUAAUAGGGCCCAAAUCCUAUCUGCAGAGGGUUUGAGAUUAGUUGGACCUGUACUAUCUUUUCAUGCUGCGGCAUUUACAUUGGGCUAUUGGAUCUCCAAAAUCGGGCCUCUUAGGUUAGAAGAAGAAGUAUGCCGAACAAUCUCAUUGUGCUCUGGAAUGCAAAGCUCGACUCUUGCCGGGCUUCUCGCGACCCAAUUCCUUAGUCCCACGCAAGCUGUCCCUGCUGCUUGCUCGGUUGUGGCCAUGGCUAUAAUGGGCCUCUGCCUCGCCUCGUUCUGGGGAAACGGGUACAAAAUACGAAAUUUACCCUCACUUUUAAUCCCACGUGCUAAUUGCACUGUCGAAGCUUGA